CCCCACUGAAGAAGAAGGGUGGUGUGAGUCGGUGUCAACUGGAUGAUAAAACAAGAUCUGUUGGUUCGAUACACUGGUGAGUCCUGGUGAGGAUGACGAUGACGCACGUGGGGGCAGUACUUGGUGCAGUAACAGCAGUGAUGGCCAUCCUGUUUCACUCUUCCAUUCACAAGAUAGAGGAGGGACACCUAGCUGUUUACUACAGAGGAGGAGCUUUACUAACCACACCCAGCGGCCCUGGAUACCACAUUAUGAUGCCCUUUAUUACCACCUACAGAUCAGUACAGACGACUCUUCAAACUGAUGAGAUAAAGAACGUGCCUUGUGGAACCAGUGGAGGAGUGAUGAUCUACUUUGACCGUAUAGAGGUGGUCAACAUGCUGGUGCCCUCAUCUGUGGUGGACACAGUAAAGAACUAUACAGCUGAUUAUGACAAAACUCUAAUUUUCAACAAGAUUCACCAUGAACUCAACCAAUUCUGCAGCGUACACACUCUACAGGAGGUCUACAUCGAGCUGUUUGACAUUAUUGAUGAGAACCUGAAGAUCGCUCUGCAGAAAGACCUCAACUCAAUGGCGCCUGGACUGACAAUACAGGCUGUCCGAGUCACUAAGCCCAAAAUCCCAGAGGCCAUCAGGAGAAACUUUGAGCUCAUGGAGGCGGAGAAGACUCGUCUGUUGAUAACAGUUCAGACUCAGAAGGUCGUGGAGAAGGAAGCCGAGACCGAGAGGAAGAAAGCCAUUAUCGAGGCUCAGAAAGUGGCCGAGGUAGCACAGAUUCAUUUUCAACAGAAGGUGAUGGAGAAAGAGACUGAGAAGAGGAUCUCUGAGAUAGAGGACACUGCAUUCCUGGCUAAAAUGAAGGCCAGGGCUGAUGCAGAGUAUUACACAGCUGCUAAGUUUGCUGAAGCUAAUGGGUUAAAAUUAACCCCAGAGUACCUGGAGUUGAUGAAGUAUCAGGCGAUAGCAGCCAACAGUAAGAUCUACUUCGGCCAGGACAUCCCCAACAUGUUUGUUGACGGACACAGCCCUACCAAUACCCAGGACCCUGAGCCCCCAAAAGGCUCUGAACAGGAUGGACACUAAGACCCGAGACUAGCUGUCUGUCUGUCAGUGGAGGGGUUUGAAGGACAGUGGAAUGUGUAAGGCGUCAUUCCCCUCAGUGGGGUGUGUAAGAGUAAUGCUUUAGUCUUAAUUAUAUCGGCCAGGGAGAGAAAGGGGGGGAUUGGGAUAGAGGGAUGGGGGAGAGAAAGGGGUGAGAGAGGAGGGAGGUAGAGGGGGGGGGGAUCCCCCCAGCGGUGAGCUGGUGGAGAGAGAAGGAAAGAGGGAUAGUGAGCGGUCUGUCUACAACUGUGUUGAGCAGGCAGUCGGUGGGAAGGAUAAGUUGAGGCACUAAUGCUGAUAUAUGGGCUGGAUUUAGUCAGUCAGGUGGCUCCCAGUUGCCCUGUUCUACAUGUGCAGCUUUGCAUCGGAUGCAACUCUUGGCUUUGCUUUUUGGAAAUUAAUGAUUUUUGUUGUUGGUUUCUUUAUGCAAAAUAAUUGUUUUAUGUUUGACUUGAGCAUUCAUUUGAGCCUUACUGUCUGUGAUUUUAUUUUUAUUUUUUUGCUUAACUGGAAUGUGAAGAAGGCGACACUAAUUCUGAACUAAAGUGGUUCAGGGUCUGAUCUGAUUCCAAUU